UAUAAUAAAGGUAAAUAAUUUUACGAGCGUCAAGUGAAAUCCUUACGCAUCUAGAAUCCAAUCCUGUAUAAACAAAGAAGAUUUCGCGCCCGAAAAGAGACGUCCCGUAUCUUAUUUGACCGGACGUCACGUGUGUGUACGCAUUUACAUCGUGUUUGGUGGAGCGCGCCUUGCCGCCGAUCGUCGCACGCGCGAUGUCACAGUCGCAUUCCACGAUCGUCAAGCGUCCGUUACGCCCGUACAAAGUGUUGCACAUGGAGUACCUGUUGCAAGCACGUGGUCAUCAACGCAGCUCUUCAGAUACACAGGCAUUUCGCGAGCGUACGAAGAGAGAUGCACGGGAUGAACUGCAACGCGAGCUUGAGAAGUUGCAGGCAACCGCUCGCGAAAACAAGACGACGAUAUUCAGCCGGCAGUUCGCUGGAUUCCAACAUCUUUUCGAGCGAUUCCUGCAGGAGGAGGGUCCGUCUUUAGAAUGGGACCAUAUUCAGAAGCUGCCCGAAGAUGCGGUCAAGAAUUAUAACUCCUUGCCAUCACCAGAGACGAAUGAGGUGAAGGAACUGCUGGAUAAGUUGGUUGUCGUCAAGCUAAAUGGUGGUCUUGGAACGAGCAUGGGAUGUCACGGACCGAAGUCCGUUAUUGCUGUACGAAAUGGACUUACGUUUCUUGAUCUCACCGUUCAGCAGAUUGAGCAUCUAAAUAAAACGUAUAACGCUAACGUGCCACUCAUAUUGAUGAAUUCGUUCAACACAGACGACGAUACGCAACGCAUAAUUAGAAAGUACAAAGGAAUUGAUAUAGACAUUUAUACUUUUAAUCAGAGUUGUUAUCCGCGUAUAAAUAGAGAUUCUCUCCUUCCAAUCGCUAAGCACUGCCAAGUCGAUGAGGAUAUAGAAGCGUGGUAUCCACCCGGUCAUGGAGACUUUUAUGAAAGUUUCCUGAAUUCUGGUCUGCUCAAAAAAUUCAUUCGUGAGGGCCGCGAAUAUUGUUUUAUUUCUAACAUAGAUAAUCUUGGUGCCACGGUAGACAUAAAAAUCUUGAAAUCGUUGCUUAGUAAAAGCCCGGAACCACCUCUUGAAUUUGUCAUGGAAGUAACUGAUAAAACGCGAGCGGACGUUAAGGGUGGUACGCUUAUAAAAUACGAAGAUAAACUUCGUCUCCUUGAAAUAGCUCAAGUCCCCAAGGAUCAUAUCGAUGACUUUAAAUCUGUUAAGACAUUUAAAUAUUUCAAUACCAACAACCUUUGGAUUAAACUUAAUGCCAUUGAGAGAGUACUUGAGCAGAAAGACUUGAAUAUGGAGAUAAUUGUAAACAAUAAAACUUUUACCAAUGGUCUAAAUAUAAUACAACUUGAAACAGCUGUAGGAGCUGCUAUGAAAUCAUUCGAAGGAAGUAUUGGUAUAAAUGUGCCGCGCAGUAGAUUCUUGCCGGUGAAAAAGACUUCUGAUUUAAUGCUUGUAAUGAGUAAUUUAUACACGCUACGUAACGGAUCUCUCGUAAUGAGUCCUCAAAGAAUGUUCCCCACAACGCCUCUCAUCAAAUUGGGAGAUAAUCAUUUUUCAAAAGUAAAAGAGUUUCUAACUAGAUUUCCGACAAUACCGGAUCUCCUCGAGUUAGAUCAUUUAACAGUAUCAGGUGAUGUUACCUUUGGAAAAGGGGUAACACUGAAAGGCACCGUCAUUAUAAUCGCCAAUCACGGAGAACGCAUAGAUUUGCCUUCUGGAACUGUUUUAGAAAAUAAAAUUGUAUCGGGUAAUCUACGUAUAUUGGAUCAUUAAGUUGCAGCGGAAGGGCAAAGCAUCUCGAUUCGUCUCGUGGAGAGCAUGUAAAUGUCCGAGAUAACAAGAUUCGGCCUUUCAGCAAUCGUGUCUUAGCUUAAAUUAACUAGUCAAGCAAUUCAAAUGUAUAUAUACAUGUUAUUUUAUAGGGAAAGGG